AUGGCUAAUCCCGCGUUACAGCCAGAUCUAGAUCUCAUAGCUGGCUAUGAGGUCUACCCGGAGCAGGAGUACUGCCCCAAGGUUGCUGCCAGCCUCAGACACCAAACACAUCCCCUCGACCAGCUCUCAAUGCAGGAAAUCUCCCAUGCGGUCAAAAUGAUCCGCGACAAGGCGAGUCCUGUCGAGAUCAAGUUCAAUUGUGUCACUCUCCGCGAGCCGCCCAAGGCCGAGUAUGCCGCCUUCAAGGCAGGUGCCGGUCCCCGUCCGGAGCGCAAGGCUUUCGCCAUUGUCAUUCAAAAGGGCAGGAAUACUUGCGCCGAGGUCGUUGUCAACCUGACCAACUCUACCAUUGAGCAGUGGAAGCCCGUCAGCAAUGUUGCCCCCACCCUGACGCUUGAGGAUCUCGACGUCAUGGAGCGCAUCUCUCGCAAGGACCCGCGUGUCAUCCGUGCCUGCGAAGAGAUUGGCAUCACCGACAUGUCCAAGGUGUUCUUGGAUGGCUGGGCCGUUGGAUUUGAUGACCGCUGGGACUUUAGCCGUCGUCUGCAGCAGGGCCUUGCGUACUACCGCCACUCGCCCAACGACAACCAGUACGCUCAUCCUCUGGACUUCUGCGUUGUCGCCGACACCGAGACCGAAGAGGUCCUCAGCGUCGAUAUCCGCUAUGUAAACGGCGAGCGUACGCUGCCUCCUCUGGACCAGCACAACUUCCUUCCCGAGUUCAUUGAGCAGGGCUACAACACCACCAAGCUCAAGCCCCUCGACAUUACCCAGCCCGAGGGCGUUUCCUUCCAGAUCCGCGGCAAUGAGCUCUCGUGGGCCGGUUAUAAAAUGCACAUUGGCUUCAACUACCGCGAAGGCAUCGUCAUCUCCGAUGUCCGCAUCGACGACCCUUAUGAGGGCCGUGAGCGCACCCUCUUCAACCGCAUCAGUGUUGUCGAAAUGGUUGUUCCCUAUGGCAACCCCGACCCCCCUCACCAAAGGAAACACGCUUUUGACGUCGGCGAGUACGGUACCGGUCUCAUGACCAACUCUCUGAAGCUCGGGUGCGACUGCAAGGGUGCCAUUCACUACAUGGAUGGUAUCAUGUCCACUUCUAGUGGUCUCCCUGCUGUUCUUAAGAACGCCAUUUGCAUCCACGAGGAGGACAAUGGCAUUCUCUACAAGCACAUGGACUACCGUGACGCCAGCACUGUUCUGGCCCGCGACCGCAAGCUCAUCAUCUCCCAAAUCAUCACCGCCGCCAACUACGAGUAUGCCUUUUACCACACAUUUACCCUCGACGGUACCUACAAGCUUGAGAUCAAGCUUACCGGUAUCCUCAACUCAUAUUGCUUGCAUCCCUCCGAAACCGCUGCCCCUUAUGGCACCGAGGUUGCCCGCGGUAUCACAGCCCACAACCACCAGCACAUCUUCUCUCUUCGUGUGGAUCCCGAGAUUGACGGCACCAACAACACGGUCAUCCAAAACGACGCCGUCACCUCGGAAGCGCCUCUGGGGUCAGCCGAGAACCCGUAUGGCAACGGCUUCUACUGCAAGAAGACGCCGCUGCGAACAGCGAAGCAGGGUGCCGUCGUGUACAAGCACGAGACGGGCCGCAAUUGGGACAUUGUGAACCCCAAUGUCAUCAAUGACGUAUGCCAUAAGCCUGUCGGUUACAAGAUCGUCAACAACCAGUGCCCCACGUUGCUAGCCAAGCCCGGCAGCAUGGUUUACAAGCGUGCCGGCUUUGCCAACAAGAGCCUGUUCGUGCUGCCCUACAAGGACUACGAGCUGUUCCCUGCGGGUGACUACGUCUGCCAGUCGACCGGCGAGCCUGGCCACCCUGACUCGUCCGUCAUUACUGACUGGGUUGACCGUGAUGAGAACAUUGAAAACACGGAUAUUGUCUGCUACCUGCAGUUUGGCCUGACACACUUCCCCCGUUGCGAAGACUUUCCUCUGAUGCCCGCCGAGCCCGUCAUGAUUAUGAUUCGCGCAUCAAAUUUCUUCGUCAGAAAUCCGGCGCUGUGGGUGCCUCCCUCGACGGUGGCAAAGGACCUGAGCUCACGGACUGCGUUCCUCAACGCGGGGAAUGGAAGUGGCAGCUGCUGCGCCGAGAAGCAGGUCCCUGAUUCGCAUUUGUAA